UUGGGGGAAUUUCUCAAUAAAUCAGUCCCCCCCAUACUUAGGACCAUGGCCCUCUCUCCCCCAGUUAUGCCUCAUUGUGCUGUAACCACACCCACAUUCCAGACAAAUAUUGUAAGACCCUGCAAUGACUUAUUUGUAUCUUUAGUCGGUAUUUAAAGAGGGCUUUGUGCAUAUAAACCCCAUACAUCUACUGUAUAUUGUCUUUAUAAUGGGCAUUUAUCUUUGGGUGGAGAAAUGUUUCAUACAAAUGGGAGAAUAGAGAUUAGGAAAUGACUAUAAGCUCUGUAGCAUUCAAGUCCUAGCCUGUAACCUUCUCCUAUUGUUGUUCCUAAUAUAAUGCCCAUGUGUCUCUUGUGUCUGCUUUUAGGUUGCGAGACCAUCAGGCAGAAUCCCAGGCUGCAGGAGCUGUUCCGUGCCCUGGACACCUUCAGGCCGGAGAAUACUGAUUUUCCGGCCAUGAUUUCUUAUUAUGAACAUCACUACAGAUAUUUUUUUGGGGAGAUGGAAGACCUAGAACACUUUCUUUGCUGGUAUGCCCUCAACCACAUCGACGAGGGGAACCUCACUAAUUACUUAGUGAUGAUCAAACAUCUGGAAGAAAUGGAACUGGUGGUUGGCAUAUAUUAUGCCUUCUACAAUCUUGCAUUUCGGGCACCUAGGACACAAGAAGGAAGACUCCUGCGAAGCCAAUUGGAGGCCUUUCUUAUUCUUUAUAAAGCUGUAAAAUCAAAGCUGGAAGAAGUAAGAACUCAGCUUGUAGGGAGAGAGGAGCCGCAGGAACUUCCUGGAACCAGCCAACAACAACUCCCUACAGCUCCGGAGACCCCUGCUGCAGAGCUGGAAGCAGCAGAAGAAGAAGAUCAGGAGACCCCUGCUGCAGAGCUGGAAGCAGCAGAAGAAGAAGAAGAAGAUCAGGAGACCCCUGCUGCAGAGCUGGAAGCAGCAGAAGAAGAAGAAGAAGAUCAGGAGACCCCUGCUGCAGAGCUGGAAGCAGCAGAAGAGGAAGAUCAGGAGACCCCUGCUGCAGAGCUGGAAGCAGCAGAAGAGGGAGCAGAGGAGACCCCUGCUGCUGCUGUUGUGGUGGAACAACUGGCCCUUACAAAAAGGGUCAGGAAAGCCAUCACAAGGCAGUUUCAGAGAAUUUGGGUAAUUUAUUUACUUAUUUACAAUCUGUUACCAAUCUGUAGAUGCCACAUAUAAGCCAGCGCACCUCUGUUUUAAUUCCUGCCGUUCCAAUCAAUUAGGCUGUCUUCCAAGCCCUUGGAACAACAGAAGCAACUAUAGCUAGAAUGGCCCCUAGUACACUCCUUGCUCCUUCGGCCUGUUGGCUGAUCAAUCAGAGCGCAUACUUGAUAGGACAAAGUAUGGCCGCCUUUAGGUUGGACAAGGUGGUUGGCUCUGAGUCUAGAUCUGGCUGGUGUUACAGACAUCACUGCCAAUUCUAGGUCAAUGAGAAGAGCGAGUUGGUAACUCUCAUAAGGGCUGAUGUAGCUCAGGCUGAGAUAUCCACCUUUACAAUGGAAACUAAACUGGUGCCAGGUUAUCAAUACACAAACUAAAGUCGCCAUUCCAGAUAGAAAUGAUAUAUCUAUAAUUUACUAUUUUUUAAAAUAAUUUCUAACCCUUUUCUUUUCUUUUUUUUUUGCAGCGU